GCAACAGAUUAAAAUUGUGCUCUGUCUAUGUGUGUGCAUUGGUGCGUUUUGAUUUUUUUUCCCUUUCCUUUUUUUUUUACUGUGCUGGGAGCUUGCUCUGCCAUCGCCUCUGCCCUUGUGUCAUGCGUAUUAGCAUUAGAGCAUGCCACCACACUGUGCCAAGGGUGUUUUUGCACAUUUAAUUAUUUCACUAUUACACUCCAAAUUCAGCUUUAAGCUUUUGCCAUAGAAAUAGGAGCGGUGGUGAAUGUCAUAGUGCAUUCGGACCCCAAGAUUUAAGGGGCACAGCUGUCCGCCGGGAGAUGACACUUUACUGAUAUAACUAUGGACAGGGGGAGUAAGGAAGGCAGGGUAAAGGAAGAGAGAAAGAUAUUGAAGCACAAAAAAAUGGUGAUGGGAAAGAAACGAGUCAGAGAGAAAUAAGCUGCAAGGGAGAGAGCAAGAAGCAAAGACGUGCGAGAGAGAGAAGGAGAGAGAGAGAGAGAGAGAGAGAGAGAGAGAGAGCAUUUCAGUAUCCCACACUGGCUGUGUGACUGGCAGUAAGCUCUGUGUUCUGAUCCGGCCCCUCUGAUGGGGUUUCAUGCUUGUAGGCAGUGUUGAUGAUUUGGAAAGCAACAUAGGUUUCCAAGCUUCAACUUGAAAAAACAAAAUGACUGUAUUGGCCAACCAAAUGACAAUAAGGACAUCUCAUCUCAGCUUCAAUGACAGCUAAUGGAGCCUGAACAAGGGUCAGUCACAAGAACCCAAAAGGGGAGAUAAAAACAAACAAAAAAAAAGGACGGCGAACUCAAGUGCUCAAAGGACACCUGGCAGAUAUGACAGUGAUACUGGUGUGUUGCCUUCUCUCCCUCCUCUCUCUGUCACGUGCCUGUCCCAAAGAGUGCAGCUGCAACAUAAACACCAAAGCUGUGGACUGCCGGGGUCGAGGCCUGUACGACAUUCCCCGCCGAUUACAUCCAGACACCCAAGAAUUAUAUCUCCAAGACAAUCGCAUCAGGGGCCUCGGAUCGAUGGCUUUUCGAGAAAUACCCUUGGUUCGCGUUCUCGAUCUAUCAAAUAAUUCCAUAACAUCCGUUUCUCCAACUGCUCUCCUGGGGCUCCGAACUCUUCAGCAUCUCAGUCUCGCCCACAACAGCCUGAGAGAGCUUGAUAAGAGGUUGUUCGGACCCAUUCACUCACUGUCACACCUUGACCUUUCACACAACAGCCUGUGGGGUUUGUCCGGAGCCAUGGGAGAAAAUCUGAGGAACCUGAGCCACCUGGGGCUCGCCCACAACAGGCUAACACGAUUAGACCGAUCGGUGCUGGAGGCCUUGGCCCACCUAGACAGUCUCACACUACGAGGCAACCCGUGGAAGUGUGACUGCCACCUUAUAGGCCUCAAACUGUGGCUGGAGACCUACCUCUUCAAAGGUGGAGUGGUGGAUGAGGUGCUUUGCAGCCAGCCCAUAGAAAUGAGAGACAGAGAUCUGCAGAAGGUCCCUUACCAGCUCUUCCAUGCCUGCAUGACCACGAGCUACCAUUACUUGUUUGCCAACAUCCAUCAUCUGGAAUCGGAGAGGCUGCUGCGAGGCCACAUGCAUGGCAACCAUGCUCAUCCUUCAAGCCAUGCGCUCCACGUCCCCAUGGCAAUGGGGGAGGGAUUCGGUGGCGGAGGGGUGAAUAUCCCAGAAUGUGAGACGAAGCAACGGCAGCGGCCGGUCAACCUACGCCACGCUAUCGCCACAGUCAUCAUCACCGGCGUCGUGUGCGGCAUCGUGUGUCUGAUGAUGCUGGCUGCAGCAGUAUAUGGUUGCGCCUAUGCCGCCAUCAUGGCCAAAUAUCAGCGGGAGCUGAAGAAAAACGAGGAGUUGGCAGCGGCCCGUGCGGCCGAUCAUGCCAGGCUAGAUGAGAAGGAACCACUGGAGAAUGCCGUUGCCUAAAAGAUGACGACACAAACUUCAAACUUGGGCUUCAGCCCUUUAACCUCGUCACCGUGGGACGACAUAUUUGUGUGGAUCAGCUGUGAGGGGAAGAAGAGUAUGAAAAUUAAUCACGUUCGUGUGACUUGACAUUUUCUGAAACUUAGGUAGCUAAUUCAAUUCCGCAGAUAUUUGACUAUGCACUGAAAAGAACUGGAACUCCAUGCCAAUUCAAGGGGGAAGGCCAAAGUAUUACAAUGAGUAUAUUCCAUUUUCUGUGAGAAACACAUAUCACAGAUACAGUAGAUACAAUCUGCCGCAGAGAGGUCCCUAUUGUUAAUGCUCUGUACUUGUAGGUCUUAGUAGAAAGCUGGUCUUUGAAAUUUAUUUGAGAACGUGCGUGUCUUUCAGCUGUUGUUUCCUGUUUUGUUGUCUCAUAUCAGAUUGAUUUCUAAAUUUGUAGUAGGCAGCUGGUCAUGUUUACGUUUGUUUGUGAUGAGAACAACUGAGUGAUUGCGUUACCAUUAAUGCUUGAGUGUGUGUGUAUAUGUACUGAAAGCACAUAGUGUACUUGUAGAGAAUUUCAUUGUUUGUGCCUGAUAAUGUGAUGUAGUUUGGCAGAAAAAAUAUGUUUAAGAACGAUAUUUGUCUGACCACCCUUGAAGGGAUGAUGGGAACUUUAAAGCAAUAACUACUUUACGGGUACACAUUGGGGAACCAUUUGAAAAAAAUAAAAUCCUGUUGAGUUAGAUUUUUAUGCUGAUAAAAACAAAAAUUGGAAUGCUCAUUCCAAAAUUGGAAUUGUUUUUUUUUUCCCUAGCACACCUCUUUUUUUUGUUCUCCAUAGUUUACCAUAAACUGAAGUAAACUGUUUACAAUCUACAGCCAUUUGGGAGAGGUGUGUGCAGCUCCCAUUAGGUCAGCGCUAUCAAUAUCCGCAAACAGAAAGCUAGCAUAGCGGGAAUUAAGAGAAUUAAUGCGGGCUUUUCUCUUAACUUUGUAACCAUGAGCAUACCAUUGCAAGGUCUAUUUCAUUUCACGCUGUUAAUUUACUUUUCAAAGCUUGCAACUAUGUUUUCUUUAUUUACACUCAUACAUAUUUCGUCCUUUUUUUUGGAAGAAAACAGGAAUCCCAUCGGUGAAAAUCUUGAAGUGAUUAAGAAAAACGGCGUUCAGUUUUGGAUUCCGUGCCCAAAAAUUUGUUCAAAACAGCUGUCAGACCUAACUCAACAACAACAAAAAAAAAA